AGUUAUUGUAAACUAAAGCAAUUGAUGUCGUCGCGAAACAGACUAGCAGAAAAAAACAACAUCAUGCCCGCCUUAUCUUGAAUAUGAAGUAGACAGUAAAAUGAACCAGUCUAAAGUAAGGCGAUUUCUGGGAUUUUCUAAAUGAUAGAAGAAUAAAGCUAUUUCCGACGAAAGAGUACAAUAGAUCGUUUCUAUGCCAAUAUGCAAGCAGUCCUUGUUCCAAAUGCCAUUAGGCCAUUUGGAAACAUGUCAGUGGCCAUAUUUAAAUAUACCAUAACUCCUUAUGUUAAAUAUCCAGUAGUCUUAUGUAAAUUAGUGGCCGACCGUUCUGUCAGUCUACGACGUCUUUCUGUUAGCCUAAGCCACAAUGUCUUUCUGUCAGUCUAAACCAGACUGUCGUUCUGCCAGUCUAAGUCAGUCAUUCUGUCAGUCUAAGUCAGACUGGCAUUAUGUCAGUCAAAGUCAGACUUUCUGUCAGUGUCUAGGUCAGACUGUCGUUCUGUCAGACUAUCGGCUGGCAAUCCUAUAUUCAUUAUUAUUCUACGUCUUGCUGUCAUCGUAUGUUAUAUAACUACUCCUACGUGAAAACUGACCACAGCUGCAAGAUGGUCUACUUCUUCAAUAUUUCCACACACACACAAAAUUAAAUAGACUUAUGCAAAGGUAAAUAGUUUUGUGAAAAAAAGAACUUAGGGAAUAAUAUUUAUUAUUAUUUUUGUUAUCAUUAAAAAAAAAAAAAUUUGGGAACCCUAGGUUUAUUCAAUUCUUUCAUUUGUGACAUUCAUUUUGAUUUAUUAUUAUCAUUGUCAUAGAUGUUGUCAUAGGGCAAAGGUGAAUAAUAUUGCCCCCGGGGGGGGGGGGAAUCAUAGGGAAUGGUAACAUUUCCAAUUAUUACAUUUUUGUUAAAAAUCUUAUUCAAUUCACUCAUUUAUUGAAAUUCAUCCUUAUCAUGCUAACAUUGUUAUUGGAGAAAUACAAAUAUUCCACCAUAUUAAUCACGUGAAUGGACACAACACAUGGAAAGAAAGAGGAUAGUGAAAACUAAAGCUUUGUAAAAACAAAAAUAGAAUACUGUAUUGUAAUUGUAUUAAUUGGGCAUAAAAAAUGCCUUUCAUUUAAAUCAGGCCUGCACAACAUACGGCCCGCGGGACGCAUGUGGCCCGCCAGUACCCACUUUGCGGCCCGCGAAGUAAUGAAACAUUCCUUUUUUAUUAUCAUUUUCUUAAUAGCUUUUGCCCCUGUCCCAUUAUCUUUCGGCCCGCACACGUUUUUCAUAAAGCAUUACGCCCCACACAAGAUUUUUUUUUAUAAAGUAUAACGGCCCACCUUACAUUUUGAGUUGUGCAGGCCUGGUUUUAAUCAUAAACCUACACACCGAAGUGUGCGUGUAUCUCUGUUGUUGUGUACAAUAAUUACGCAGUAGGCCGGCUGUAUUAUCAUACUAAACGUAACUGGUAACUCAACAUUCGUUCAACUUUUGCAUAAGCUGGGUCAAAUAUAAAAGUAGCAGAUACAUUUUUAAUGAUAAUGGCGGAUAAAUGAAAAAUUUAAAUGUUGACCAAUCAGAACGCGCGUUGCAACGAAACUAUAUGGUUUAUUGGAACCAGCGGCGUAGCGAGGGCGUUUGGCGCCCGGGGACAAGAUUCGCGCCCGGGGACAAGAUCCAUUUUAAAGUGCCCCCUUUUUCUUUUUUUCAACUCUCAAACUCAUUAUUUUCAUCCAUAAAAUAAUAUCAAAGCACAUUUUGGCGCCCCUAACUACCUGGCGCCAGGGGACAUCUGUCCCCCCUGCACCCCCCUCGCUACGCCUCUGAUUGGAACAAACAAUUCCUUCAAGGCUGAUGUCUGGACCUUUUAGUGGGCCAUACCAAUAAAAAAAAUACAUAGGCUAAGCUUUCGAUUGAUACCACCUAUGUCCAGGUAGCUUUGUAAUUAUAUUAUAAAAGCAAAGGGGGGCCAAGGGUCAACAUUAACAUGUAAGAUUUUUUGCCCCCCCCCCCCUUUUCCUAAAUCAAAAUUUUCUCUUACCAUACUUCUUUUUAAAAAAAACAAACAAAAUUCGUAACUACUUUAAAUGAUCUACUUUUUAAUUCAAAUGGUAAAAACCAACGUAUUCAUUAGAUGUGUUUCUAUUAACAAUCACGAUAAUCUCAUGUUUUAAAUUAAAAUAAUUAAAACAUCGAUACUUUCCCCCAAUCAAUUUUCGACGUACGAAGAACGUAGUCAUGAACGAGUUUCGAAUAUAGCUAAAUAUUUCGGUUUUGGCUGAAAGUCUCACUAAGCUUUUGGUUUCGGCUUCGGUUUUACGGCCAAAAUUCAUUUUUUUAAGUUUCGGCUCGGUUCCGGGCGAAAUCAGAUAAUUCCAUGCGGUCGGUCUGUAAUGUACACAUUUCAUAUGUGGUUAUGUCAAGUAACCAGCAGUCAUGAUUGGUGGAUGGGAUUGUGGUCUAAACUGAGUCAAUCCCCAGCUUCAAUCCCCAGCAAUGGCCAAGUCAAGCGAAAACAUCACCAGCGAUCCAGGUGGAUGGGAAUCGUUAACCUUGGAUAGCAACUCAUCUGAGAGAAGGCAACUCUGAAAUCAAACUCAGGAGAUGGAGUCCCGUAGUCGGUAUGACAAUGACACAGUGAAAAUUCCGCCAACUCUCGCGACGCUACUGGUUCCAAGCUGUGUCACCCACAUAUGAUGUUCCCUGGGGGGGUUAUCCAGGUCCGGUGAACUGUCUUGGCAACCAACUUUCACUUCUAGAGAAAAUCCCCAUGCCUUGUGAUUUCGCUAUACGAAGUCUACACAAUGUGACAUAAGGAUGCCGCCCACCCCCACCCCCCAACCCAAACGUAUAAUUGAAUUAUUGACAGCAGUUUAUAAGCCGGUAAUCCAUACGCAUUGGGUGCUGGGUGGCCGAGUGUUCUAAACUGAGCCAAUCUCAAGUUCAUUGAUCAAUCUCCCACCAAAGCCCAUAUCUAUAGCGAAGGAUGAUGUCUUGUAUAAAUCGUGUACGAGGAUCCAUUAUUAUUUUUUUCUAAAAAGAAUGCGUGAUUGCCCAAGAAAGUCACAUUAACUUACUAAUUCGAUCAGAUUUCCCCCGCAUGUUGACAGAGAUGCAUUUCCAUGUUGACAGAGAUGCAUUUCCAUGUUGACAGAGAUGCAUUUCCAUGUUGACAGAGAUGCAUUUCCAUGUUGACAGAGAUGCCUUUCCAUGUUGACAGAGAUGCAUUUCCAUGUUGACAGAGAUGCAUUUCCAUGUUGACAGAGAUGCAUUUCCAUGUUGACAGAGAUGCAUUUCCAGGAUAACUGCACAACGUAAACUCGUUUACACUUCUAGGAUCACUUGGCAGCUGGAGGUGUGACCGCGUGACCAGUUGCCAGGCGAUGGUGCGCGUUCAAGACGCGCGUGUUAAUCAGCACUGCUAGUUUUGUACUGCAUCCUGUAUUAUCAUUUGCUGGUUAAGGGCUUUAUCGGCGGUAGGCGCCUUUUAACUCUGUUCAACUUAAUAAGCCUUAAUAAAAAUGUAGACAUUCAUUUAUACAUAUUUUAAAAUUAUUAUUUUUAAAAAUAAAAUUGGAAUGUUUUUAUUGUACACAUUUCAGGUCCGGCAAGAAAAAAGAAAAAAAAAGCCAUGAUUAAGACUAGCCCGGCCCAAACAUGAAAUCAGAGAUUUUUUUCAGUUUAGUGAUGACCAUGGCAACCUUGACCUUGACAUUCUGUGAAACGAUUCCUCUCACGUUUGAAGUGGCCAACAUCGUCAUGGAACUGGAACAAGUCAUCGCUGACCAGUGAGUUCUUAACACCGCCAGUCUAUAUGCUGCUAGCGCGGUUUGAUUUAUUGAGUGAUAUAUUCUGGUAAAAGGUAAAGCUAUGCUUGAUUGGUGAUACGUGCCGGUAAAGCUAUGCUUGAUUGGAGAUACGUGCCGGUAAAGCUGUGCUUGAUUGGUGAUACGUGCCGGUAAAGCUGUGCUUGGUUGGUGAUACGUGCCGGUAAAGCUGUGCUUGGUUGGUGAUACGUGCCGGUAAAGCUGUGCUUGGUUGGUGAUACGUGCAGGUAAAGCUGUGCGUGAUUGGUGAUACGUGCAGGUAAAGCUGUGCUUGAUUGGUGAUACGUGCCGGUAAAGCUGUGCUUGAUUGGUGAUACGUGGCGGUAAAGCUGUGCUUGGUUGGUGAUACGUGCCGGUAAAGCUGUGCGUGAUUGGUGAUACGUGCCGGUAAAGCUGUGCUUGGUUGGUGAUACGUGCCGGUAAAGCUGUGCUUGGUUGGUGAUACGUGCCGGUAAAGCUGUGCUUGAUUGGUGAUACGUGCAGGUGAAGCUGUGCUUGAUUGGUGAUACGUGCCGGUAAAGAUGUGCUUGAUUGGUGAUACGUGCCGGUAAAGCUGUGCUUGAUUGGUGAUACGUGCCGGUAAAGCUGUGCUUGAUUGGUGAUACGUGCCGGUAAAGCUGUGCUUGAUUGGUGAUACGUGCCGGUAAAGCUGUGCUUGAUUGGUGAUACGUGCUGGUAAAGCUGUGUUUCAUUGGUAUUACUGCAGAGCUGUAUUUAAAUUUUUAAAAGACACUUUGAAUUAUGUCCCGUCGCGCCGCUAGCAGUGUCAGUAAACAAAAUUAAAAUGGCACCCACAAAGCCAUGAAAGGUAUUUUAAAGUAAUGUAUAUCUUUUCUUUCCAUCCUGAAUACUUUGCACUUGUGAACAAAGCGAUUGAUGGUAAUGUACACUAACCAAUAGCUUUUCUACACCCCCACCCCCACCUCCUUUUUUCUAGUUAUUUUUCGUUUAGCAUUAUAAAAAAGUUGAGGGUUAUUUCGUUUCAUAAAAAAAUUUCCGGUUCAGGUUUUGCUUCUGCUUAUAUUUCUCAGAUUUCUAACAUGUCUUUGUAAAGAGCCCUCAACCGACUGCACCCUGUACGGGGAGCGACUUGAGGACUUCAAAACCUACAGAAUCCUAUCUGUCCACCUGACGGGGUCUGUCGAUCAGGGCCCCGCUCACGUGCGAAACUGCAUGACCAUUUUCAUCAAGUCGGACAUGGUCAUCACGUGCAGCAAGGUGACAGAGAGCAUCUACACCACCAACCCUCAAAUGCGGGAACGCUGCCAGGCGUUGAAGCCCACAACCACCGGGGGAAGAUGCACGCAUUAUUCAGGGAUCGUGUGGAACUUAAUGCCGUUUCGAAUCACGAUGAACGAUUCUGUCUUCGAAACCUUAAGAUGCGAAAGGGCGUUCCGAGAUCUUCUCCAAAGUGAGCUAUUUUCAAGUGCAGACGCUUUGAACCAGGCGAUAGUGAUCACCAGUAUCACGCUCGGAAUCCUGCUGUUUCUCAUGUUCGUGGUCAUACAGUAUAUGAAACCCAAAAGGCAGUACCCCCUGGGUAGCGAUGUAUAAGCAACGUACAACACUCAUUUGAAAUUCUUUAAAUGCAAGUUUUACAGAGAGAGUUCAUCAAAGCAACAUCUAUAAUAUAUAGCUGCAGAGAAGGUUUAGACAAGACAUCCCUAUUUAUAGUUACAGAGAAGCUUUACAGUAGAUAUCAAUUUAUAGCUAUGAAGAGGGUUCGGAUGCCUCGUUUAUGUAUAGCUAUAGGGAUUAGGAGAAUAGACAUCUAUGUGUAGCUUUAUGAGUGCAGGGAAUGUUUCAUUAAUUUUUAUGUCAAUGGUC